UCCUUACGUUGCUCCACUGCCUUGCGGAUUAGACUAUUAGGUCGAAGGCUCCAGGUGUGCCCCCCCCCAGGAAAACCACCUGCUUUGGUCUGCGUAUCUGGACAGUAUCAUUACCCACACACAAAUCAAGUGUUUUGUGUGGUGCAUAUGUGUUCGGUUCCCUUUUGUACCAAUAUUGAUGUGUUCAAAUAAUAGUAAUUAAAUACAUAGAAUAUUCGUAUUGUUUAUUAUUAUUUGAUAAAGUAACUUGAUUAUAGUAGAAUCAUUUCGUGGCGAAAGUAACUUUCACUGAUAUUUCGUAGUCUAUCAGUAAGAUUUGUUAAUACGUUAUUGUUGUGUUUUUUUUUUGAAAUUUUAAAAUAGAUUUAGCUUAAAUCCUCUACAAAUUUAUAAACAUGAAUUAUCAACAAGUUGUAGUUUAAAUCGCUGUCCUGGUAUAACGUAUCCGCGACCAGUUAGUCGCUAUUGGGCAAUUAGUAAAAUGAGGGAUCCUCAUCAAUACACAGUUGAUCCACUUCCAUUAGUACGAACAGGAGGACGAGGACCUGACGGUAAAAUUCAACUAAAACACGUUACAACUGGAUUAAAUCGUCCAUGGUUUAUGGUAGAUCACAAUCGUUCCAGACAAGUUUUAACUAAAACUAUCCAUGAAGAAUUAGUAUUACAGGUCAAAAAAACAUGGUGGAGACAUCCGUUUAUUGCUUUAGUAGCCUCAGGUGAAGUGAAAAGAUGGAUUAUUGCAACUGCUAGUAUGAAACCUGGAGAUAUUAUACGUUCACAUGUAGAUAUCCCUACUAUUCCAGUUGAUCCAAAAGAAGGUGAUGCUUAUCCAAUUGGUGCAUUACCGGUUGGUACAAUUAUUAGUCAAUUUGAAAUAAAACCUGGUCAAGGUGCUUUAUUUUGUCGGACAGCAGGAUCUAGUGCAACAAUAUUUCGACGUGGAAAAUAUGUUGGUUCAAAAUUAAAUGAAGAAUUAAAUUUCACAUCUUUAACUGAUGAACUAAGAGAUGAAUAUGUUGUAUUUGUUAGAACAAAUGGAAAACGUAAAAUUUAUCGACUUUUACCAACAUGUAUGUGUGUAGUUGGACAAGUAUCUAAUGAAAAUCAUGAUCAAUUUAAAUUUCGUAAAUUUGGUGAAAAGAAAUGGAGAGGAAUAAAACAACGCAGUGGAUUAUGGCAGCGUAAAACAGGAAGAUUUGGUCGAAAAGUACGGCCGAUCGGUCCACCUAUCGACCUUGUACCAUGUCAAAGUUCACAAGACUACUUUAGAUUAAAAUGUUCGUAUCCUGGUCGAUCAGAAUAUACAAUGCGUAAGAAACAAGAUAUGUAUGAAGCUUUACAUGCAAAAAACAAACCAAGACCACAACCUAUUCCUGGACGUCACAAUGAAUUACCUGACAAAAUGCCACGAUAUCGUUGGUGUUCUUGGUCAUCUGUACGAUAAGAAGCACAAAUGCUACAAAUCUUAUAUAUUUGAAUGUGUAAUAUCUGAUGGUUGUACUAAAUGGUUAUUAACGUGCUUUUUAUCGGUAAUCACCUACUUUAGCUGUUUUAUAAAAAGAAAUAAUGUGGAAUUGAAUUUAUUCAAAUCUAAAACCACGAAUGAACCAAGUCAACAGCUAUAUCUACUGUAUUAUAACGAUGACGCUUGUAUAAACGAGGCAGGUCAUAGCGAAGUUCUGCAACCACUUUGCCCUGUGCACCAGUACUCUGUAUUGUAUGUAGAACAUGCUAUACAGUUAUUUAAAAAAAGUAGACAUGAAUGAACAAGUAUUUUGACUUAUAGUAAUUAUAAAACAGCAUAGUAAACCGUUAAUUGAUGCACACUAUAGUAAAUAGCUCCUAAACAAUAUUUUUUAUCAAGAUUAUAUUUAGAUUAUUGUGUUUAGGUACACGAGUCAAAUUUUUGCGGUCGUAUUUUUGUUUGCUAUUCGAGUUGUACCUACUACAUCACUUAACACGUAGUAAAAAUUAAAUUACUAGUCUACGGACUUUGUUUUGAAGAGACCUUUUAUAAAACAUGUUGAGGUUUACAAAAUGUGGUUAAAAUGUUCCGAAUGCUUGAUUAUGUAAUGCAAGUAUCGUAUAUAUAAUUGAUACGCCAUUAAAUAGCUUGUGGCUUUAGUUUGUUCAUUACAUCACUUAUAGGGUCAUAAAUUUUUAUUUCUCGACAAACAAUAUAGCUGAGCCUCAUAUAUUAAUUGGCAAGUUUCCACCAGGCCAAUUAACUUAACACUGAGUGUCAGUUUAGUCGUUAAGAGUUAAUUCAAAAAUAGUGUACUCGGUUAGUUAACUAUGAAGUCUUCAAGACCGACAAUAUACAUCUUUUGC